GCCCGCUUUUAAGCAAUCUCAAUACAACGGACGAAAUAGAGAAGACGGUAUCUUAAGAAAAUCGUUUAAGGGCGCGGACAAGUCCAGCCAUGGCUUCUGAUUCUCCUCGUGGCCGCAUCGAUCAGUUCUUUUCUUCUAAAAAGAAGAGGAAGAUUCUUUCGCCGGCUUCAAAAUCUGGGGGACUGGGAAAAAAAUCAAGAAACCAAAUUGAAGGCUCGCCUAGUGCAAAAGGUUCUUUGGAGAGCUAUUUGGAGACAUCAAAGACUGACCAUGCACCUGCCAAGUCUUUGAACUCUGUUUGUGAUCAAAAUACUAGGCUGGUUCCCAUUCAGAGAAGUUUGAUUCUGGACACUGGAAUGUCAUCUAAGGAUGAAGAUGAGUAUCCCUGUCGACGGCUACCACAAAGUCCUGAAGCUUCUGGGUUUGCUCAGGGCUUAAAAUCUGAAGUAUUCUCUGAUAUUGGUAGUGUUGGAACAAACGGUACUGAGAAGGAUAAUUCACAAACUGAGAAUCCUGUACAAAUUUCUGAACUGAAGGAGUUUGCCACAGGCUUUUUGUCACUGUAUUGCAGUGAGUUAAAAUCGAGUGUGAGUUUACCAUCAGAAACAAAGGAGAAUGCAGGUAAAAGACAUAGUAGCUCAUCUGCCUCUCAUCUAGAGGAGAAAUCAUCUAAGAGAAGGCAUUGUGCGAAUGAUGGGAAUCAAUCCAACAUUGGUGACAAAUCCAUUUCCUCUCCCAAGGUCUUCCAGUCUGAAGAAAAAUCAUCUCAAAGAAGGCAUUGUGCGAAUGAUGGGAAUCAAUCCAACACUGGAGACAAGUCCAUUUCAUCUCCCAAGGCCAUCCAAUCUGAAGUUGUGAAUGGAAUUGGAGAUAUUGAUUCAGAUUGUUUGCAAAAGGCUAUUGUGUCCAAUCAUUCCUUUGCAUCACAAGGAAGUUUGAGAAAAUGCAUUUACACAUCUGCUCCUUGUAGAGCUGAAUGUGAAACACCUGGUUCUUUCACAACAAGACUUAGAGAUGGAGAAACUCCUCCAUCAACAAGAGGGAGCUCCUUGUUUUCUCCUGGAGAAGCAUUUUGGAAUGAAGCUAUUCUAGUUGCUGAUGAGCUGCUUGCUCCAAGUAAUGGUCUUUCCUCCUGUGUUGCUGAAAAUAGCGAACCUCUGAAGUUUGAUUACAGAACUUAUAGUUCGAACAAUGUGAAAAAUGGAGCGCCUAGCAGUCUUUUAAACUGCACUGUGGAUGGAGUUAAAGAUACAGUUUCUGAUUUUGGUACUGGUUCUGCCGGAGGCGCUCAUGGAAAAGAAUUGGACAAAGAAGUGUCACCUUUACCUGUGAAGCACUUUGACUUCAUUUUUGAAGCAAAAACAUCUGGCAAGGACAUACCCGUUGAUGCUAACAGUAGCAAACCUGGCAAUUUAACAAGCAACGAGAACCCGCUUGCCUCUAUCAAUCAUACCAGCUUGGGAAACAAUAUAGGAAUGUGCAUUCGGCCUAAAGAUCAAAUGAAUGAAAUUCUUGAUGCCCAUGGAACAGCAUUUAAAUGCCUUAUUUCCAAAAGAAGUGAGGAUCAUUUGAAUCAAGAUAGCCACAAUUUUGCAUCUACUACACCGGAUAGAGAGUAUAAUAAGGUUGCUGCUAUUCAUGAAUGCAAAAGCAAUUAUACUCCGGCAAGUUCUUCUUCAAUAAGGGAUUGCUUGGAUCUCAGCAAUUGGCUUCCUCCAGAAAUAUGCAAAAUAUACAACAAAAAGGGUAUAUCAAAACUGUAUCCGUGGCAGGUUGACUGCCUUCAGGUGGAUGGUGUAUUGCAUAAUAGGAAUCUUGUUUACUCAGCAUCUACAAGUGCUGGUAAAAGUUUUGUUGCUGAGAUAUUGAUGCUACGGAGGGUUUUAGCAACCGGAAAAAUUGCACUUCUUGUACUUCCAUAUGUAUCUAUCUGCACGGAAAAGGCCGAACACCUUGAAGCUCUUUUAGAACCAUUAGAUAAGCAUGUUCGAAGUUUUUACGGAAAUCAAGGAGGUGGCACUCUUCCCAAGGAUACAUCUGUGGCUGUCUGCACCAUUGAGAAAGCAAAUUGUUUGAUUAACAGGUUACUAGAAGAAGGCCGUUUAUCCGAGCUCGGUACCAUUGUAAUUGAUGAACUGCACAUGGUCGGUGAUCAGAGUAGGGGUUAUCUCUUGGAACUCAUGUUGACGAAGCUUCGCUAUGCAGCUGGUGAAGGCAACGUUGACUCUUCUAGUGGAGAAAGUUCAGGGACGAGUAGUGGAAAAUUUGAUCCUGCUAAUGGUCUCCAAAUUGUUGGCAUGAGUGCUACGCUACCAAAUGUGGCAGCAGUUGCUGAUUGGCUUCAAGCAGCUCUUUAUGAGACAGACUUUCGGCCUGUUCCAUUGGAGGAAUACAUCAAAAUUGGCACCACAAUUUAUAACAAAGAAAUGGAAGUUGUUAGGACAUUGCCGAAAGUGGCUGAGCUUGGUGGUAAAGAUCCGGAUCAUAUAGUUGAACUUUGCAAUGAGGUUGUCCAAGAAGGUCACUCAGUGUUAAUAUUUUGUUCCAGUCGGAAAGGGUGUGAAUCCACUGCUAGGCAUAUUGCAAAGUAUCUCAAAAGGUUUUCUGUAAGCCCUUGUGCUGAGCAAGGUGAGCCUUUUGAUGUUGCUUUUGCUAUUGACUCGUUGCGAAGAUCCCCUGCUGGAUUGGAUCCUAUACUAGAAGAAACUCUUCCUUGUGGAGUUGCCUACCAUCAUGCUGGGCUCACGGUCGAGGAAAGGGAGACUGUUGAAACAUGUUACCGGAAAGGACUUGUACGUGUCUUGACUGCUACAUCAACUCUAGCAGCUGGGGUUAAUCUGCCUGCCCGGAGAGUUAUAUUCAGACAGCCACGCAUUGGACGUGAUUUUAUUGACGGGACAAGGUACAGGCAAAUGGCUGGACGGGCAGGUCGGACUGGCAUAGACACGAAGGGAGAGAGUGUGUUAAUUUGCAAGCCAGAGGAAACCAAGAAAAUACUGGCAAUCCUUAAUGACAGUUGUCCUCCACUUUAUUCUUGCUUGUCAGAAGAUAGGAAUGGGAUGACCCAUGCAAUUCUCGAGGUUGUUGCUGGAGGAAUUGUUCAAACUGCUAGUGAUAUUCAUCGAUAUGUUAGGUGUACUCUUCUCAAUUCAACAAAACCUUUUGAAGAUGUUGUGAAAUCAGCGCAAGAUGCACUUCGAUGGUUAUGCCAUAAAAAGUUCCUAGAAUGGAGUGAGGAGACUAAGUUAUACACCUCUACUCCCCUUGGCCGUGCGUCUUUUGGAAGUUCUCUCUGUCCAGAGGAAUCACUUAUAGUUCUGGAUGAUCUCAUGAGGGCAAGAGAAGGUUUUGUCUUGGCGUCAGAUUUGCAUUUGGUAUACUUGGUAACUCCCAUUAAUGUUGAUGUGGAACCAGACUGGGAGCUCUAUUAUGAGAGAUUUAUGCAACUAUCUUCUCUGGACCAGUCCGUUGGCAAUCGAGUUGGAGUACAAGAACCCUUUUUGAUGCGCAUGGCUCAUGGCGCGCCUCCUAGAGCAUCACAUAGAUCAAAAUCAAAGGAUAAUACCAAAGGCUUUCAGGGAAAAUUUGAUCAUAGACUUGGGAUGUCAACCCAUGGAAUUCUCACAGAUGAUCAAAUUCUUAGAGUGUGUAGACGGUUCUAUGUUGCUCUUAUCUUGUCACGUCUUGUGCAGGAAAUACCUGUGGGUGAGGUUUGUGAAGGCUUCAAAGUUGCUAGAGGCAUGGUCCAGGCUUUACAAGAAAAUGCUGGAAGGUUUGCAUCUAUGGUUUCAGUAUUCUGUGAGAAGCUUGGUUGGAAUGACCUGGAAAGUUUGGUUGGCAAAUUCCAAAAUCGUGUUUCAUUUGGAGUUAGAGCAGAGAUUGUGGAACUUACUUCCAUUCCUUAUAUUAAGGGUUCACGUGCUAGAGCGCUUUACAAGGCUGGUCUACGAACACCGCAAGCUAUUGCUGAAGCAUCUAUUCCUGAAAUUGCAAAAGCACUUUUUGAAUCUUCUUCCUGGAGUGAACAUGGCUCAGCACAAAGGAAACUACAAAUGGGAGUUGCCAAGAGGAUAAAAAAUGGCGCCCGCAAAAUCGUUCUGGACAAAGCUGAAGAGGCAAGAGUUGCUGCAUUUUCGGCCUUCAAAUCUCUUGGACUCGAUGUUCCACAGAUCUGUCGUCCACUAUUAUCUGUUGCUACUGGAUCUCAGAAAGAAUCAGCAUUCUCUCCAGGGGAGGAGGCCACAAGUAAGAAUGCAGUUCCUCGGCACUCAAAUAAUAUGUUAAGUGAACCAUCAUCUGGGGAUAGAUGCGAAAUCGCAGGAGUUAUUUCAGAAACUAAGGAAGAUAAAUCUACAGACACUCCAGCAGUUGGCUUUGCAUCUUCAGAGAAGGAAAAUUCAGCUGGAAAUGCAAAAAGUGAAAUUCUUGUUGAAAAGCCUGUUUUACUUGAAGAAUGGGCUAAUACCCUUAACAACAUGCCAAGUAUUACGGCUAAUUGUAUUGGUAUGAAUAGAUCCACCUCUCAUCCAUUAACAGAUGUUGGUGAUAUUAGAAAUCAGUCAAAUGAGCAUCUGGAUCAUGUUGGGCAACAGCAACCUAAAAGAAAAAAUAUAUGCACGGGAAGCAUACAAAAUUCAUUUGAAAAGGGCCCUGUGAAUGCAAUGAGUAUUCCAGGUGGGCUCGAAUCUUUCUUGGAUCUCUGGGAUGCAACUAAAGAGUUCUUUUUCGAUAUCCAUUUUACUAAAAAAUCUGAGUUGAACUCUAUUGCUCCUUUUGAAAUACACGGUAUAGCCAUUUGCUGGGAAAAUACUCCUGUGUAUUACUUAAAUAUUCCGAAGGACAUAUUCCGCUGUUCUAGCCAAGGAAAUGGGCAUGCUACAGGUAGCAAGGAUGUUGUACCACCAAAGCUGCAGGUGGAGAUCGCCAAGAAGCGAUGGAGUAGGAUUGGGAUUAUAAUGGGGAAAAAGGAUGUCAGGAAGUUUACUUGGAAUUUAAAGGUCCAGAUUCAGGUGCUUAAGAAUCCUGCUGUUCCCAUUCACAAAUUUAGCAACCUGCAUGGUGGAAUCAAAAGUUUGGGUCUGGAUCUUAUCGACAAUUCUUAUUUUAUGUUUUCCCCUGUCCAUAUGAGGUUUGCAAUUGAUAUGUGUGUAGUGGCAUGGAUCCUUGCACCUGAUGAGGAGAGAAGUUCCUAUCCUAAUCUGGAGAAGGAAGUUAAAAGAAGGUUAUCUAGUGAUGCUGCCGGAUCUGCUAAUCGAAGUGGUAGAUGGAAGGAUCAGACACGGAGAGCUGCGCAUAAUGGUUGCUGCCGCAGAGUUGCGCAAACUCGAGCUCUGUUUUCUGUUCUAUGGAAAUUACUGGAAUCUGAAGAACUGGUUGAACCACUAAUGAUGAUUGAAGUUCGACUGGCCAAUGUUCUUGCUGAUAUGGAGAUCUGGGGAAUAGGUGUAGACAUGGAAGGAUGCCUUAGAGCACGACAUAUCCUCGGAAGAAAACUCAAGUGUCUGGAGAGGGAAGCUUACAAAUUAGCUGGCAAGACAUUUUCAUUAUCGAUGCCUGCAGAUAUAGCUAGUAUUCUCUAUGAACACUUGAAGCUGCCAAUGCCAGAAGGCUAUACAGGGAAACAACACCCUAGCACCGACAAGCAUUGCUUGGAUGUCCUGAGGAAUGAGCAUCCUAUUGUCCCAGUAAUUAAAGAGCACAGGACGUUGGCUAAACUCUUGAAUUCUACUUUGGGAUCCAUUUGUUCACUUGCCAGGCUUUCUAUGAGGGCUCAGAAGUAUACUUUGCAUGGUCAUUGGCUCCAGACAUCAACGGCAACUGGCCGAAUUUCAAUGGAGGAACCUAACCUCCAGUGUGUUGAGCAUAUGAUUGAGUUUAAAAUGAAAGAAGACGAUGGGGAAUCAGAUGGUAGUUGCUAUAAGAUUAAUGCACGUGAUUUCUUUGUGCCUACUCAGGAUGAUUGGUUGCUUCUAACUGCGGAUUAUUCUCAGAUUGAGCUUAGACUUAUGGCCCAUUUCUCAAAAGAUUAUCCAUUGAUUAAGCUCCUGAGUAGUCCCCAGGGUGAUGUCUUUACCAUGAUUGCUGCAAAAUGGAGUGAGAAACAUGAGUCCAGCGUGACCUCGCAAGAGCGAGAUCAAACAAAGAGACUGGUUUAUGGAAUUCUCUAUGGGAUGGGACCUAGCACACUGGCAGAACAGUUGGACUGCAGUCCAGAUGAAGCUGCUGAAAGAAUUCGAAACUUCAAGACACUUUUCCCUGGUGUUGCUGCUUGGCUUCAGGAAGUGGUUACAUCUUGUUAUAAGAAAGGUUAUGUUGAGACCCUUAAGGGGCGAAAGCGUUUCUUGGAAAAGAUUAAAUUUGGUAACAGUAAAGAAAAAUCCAAAGCUCAGAGACAAGCUGUGAAUUCUAUAUGUCAGGGAUCUGCUGCUGACAUAAUAAAAAUAGCGAUGAUAUGCUUGCACGAUGUGAUCGGUGAGGACAUUGAGGCAUCUCGUCCUAGUUUCAUAGAUGCUGAAAUAGUUCAAAUUCUUAAAGGUCGCUGUCGAAUCCUUCUCCAGGUACAUGAUGAACUAGUAUUGGAAGCUGAUCCUUCUGUUGUAAAAGAAGCGGGGUUGUUGCUGCAAACAUGCAUGGAAAAUGCUGUGUCACUUCUUGUUCCUUUGCCUGUCAAAUUGAAAGUCGGGAGAACAUGGGGAUCUUUGGAACCUUUUGAGCCUAAUUCUUAGAUUUUGAUGUGCUCACCUCAAUAGCACUUACGGGAGGAAAACUGCAUGUGGCCAACAUUUCAGUCUAAGCAGUGUCUUUUGGCUCUGUGUAGCAGGCAUGCACAGUCAAUCAAACUUGGAUGAAGCUAAUAGGACUUAAAUCAAUCCUUCUUGAGGAGUUGCCUUUUCCCCAUUGAACUUAAGUUUCAUGCUUCAGCUUCUGCUCAUGUUUGGUUUCACCUAUGCUUCUGGCAGAAUUCAGGCAUCAUCCAGUUUGAUGGGGAGGGAAAUGGAUCAUCC